AUGGACCAGAACGUCAGAAAAGAAGAUUUCCCGCUUUUUAAGUACAGUGAGUUCGACGUGGUUGCUCUCUGUCGACUCGCGGGCACUUUGCGGCGAGAUGUUGCGUGCUCAUGCGACUUGAAUCAGCGUCCGAAACGAGGCGGCUUCAACUGGGCCGUUUUCGUUGUAUUUAAAGACGGCCUUGAAUGGGUUCUCCGCUCACCAGUGGAGAAUCACCCCGAGAUGUCUAGCGAGAGUGUCUCCAAACUUCUUGCGAGUGAAGCCGCUACGCUCAAAUAUCUCAAAGCCUACACUGACAUACCUGUUCCUGAUGUUUAUUCCUAUUGCGCUCAUCGAGACAACCCUCUCCGGAUCCCCUACAUUUUGAUGAGCAAAGCCGAGGGCAAGACCUUGGAAACCAUGUGGGGGGGAAGUGAUCUUCACCAUCGUCUGGAUUCACUGGAAAUCAACAAAGUUAUGUAUCAACUGGGCCGCAUUGCAUGGAAACUUGCUCAGGUCCGCUUUGGCCAAAUUGGGUCUAUAUAUGAACAAAAUGGAUUUUUCGUUAUUGGAGAAUGCUUAUCAAAAGGUCACAUACAACAUAGGCGACAUUCCUUGAAAGGAAUUUCCCGUGGACCAUUUAUCAACGAAAAUGAUUUCUAUACCAGCCUCAUAGGGGCCUUGAUCAGGCAUGCUGAAACGCUGCCAUUGGUGCACCAUUGCUUCACUGCACCGGUACCCUCUAGGAAUGACUAUCCUACUAGGGAUCUCUGGAAUGGUGCCUGCGAUCUUUGGAAUGACUUCCUCACCAUUGGAGAAAAGGUUGAUGGCGCCGCGAAUAGAGUGGACUAUGUCAUUGCUGCUCAUGCGCUCAAUCGUUUAAUCUCUCAAUAUGUGAGCAACUGGGCCGAAAUCACGUCCCCGGUAACCUUUGCGCUCUGCCACCCAGAUCUCACAACGAACAAUAUAUUCGUCGACGAUCAAUACAAUAUUAUGUGCAUCAUUGACUGGGCGUUUGCCACGACUGUGCCCCUUCCUUUCCUUUUGGCACCACCCGGAUUUCCCCAGUCGCGGCACAGGUUAGAAGAUAGAUUCUGCCUUGGUUUCAGCGAUGGCUUCAAAGAUGCAGCGUUAUUCAACAUGCAUCGUCCAUCAGUGGGCUUGUCUGUUCCCAAAGCUCUUUAUUGUGUUAGAAACAGCCAGUUUGCUUGGUGUCUCUCAAGGUUUCUAGCAUUUGAUUCCACUGACGACCUUUCCCUUUUUCGUACCAUGUGGGAAUCAAUCUACCCGUCAGGCCCGAAGCUCGAAUCGUAUUUCUUUUUACAAAGAGCUCAAACCUAUUACCGAAACUUGCACAAAAAGAUCAAAAUCGAGGAUUUGCCGGAAAGUCAGAUCCAAACGUCAGAGACUGACCUUUUCACCAAACCCUUGAUCUUCGAGAGAUCUUUGGCUCGUCAUCUGACCAUGAUUUCGGACUGGGGAUUCAACUAUGACCCAUCGAAAUUAUCUGGUCUCCGAGAUACAGAGGAGAUAUUCACAACUGAGCCACGGCUUUGGCGAUGGGUUAUGGAAUUCCAAAGACAACAACGCGACAGGUUCCGCAGUGAGGAGCACAACUAA